AUCACAUCAGGCAAAAUUCACUCUGACAUCUAACACACCCAUGAUUACGCCCCUAUAAGUGAAAAGCCCAGAGGGACCAUAUGGCCCACCUGGCCCGCAGUCCUGCAUGUAAGAGGAUAACGCUGGUAGUCUGCAUGUGUGAGAGAAGGGCGAGAGAGAGGGAGAGGGAUGGGGAGUCCGUGCUAAUCUUUGCUGCCGUCUUAACAGGCUGUUUGUUCAGCAGGUCAGUGUGUACACCAAGGUGACAGAGGAGGAUACACUCACACACACACACCCACACACACGCUUCUGGCUGAUUUCAGAGGAAAUAAGGAAGAACGUGGCAGUGAUGUACCGGUCGCCUGCUCUGGAGAACAAUCAGCUGAUGGCUUUGUACGGGCAGCAGAGAGAAAUUUACUUUGAGAAGGACGAGGACUGCAUUAGUGAGGAGAACGACCAGGACUCGGGGUGCAGCGAGGACGGAAGCGGCGGCCGAGGCGGCCGCAGCUCUCUGUCGCCGGAAAUCUACGGCCUGCAGACGGAGGAGCGCGUUUUCUUCUCCAACCAGGAGUACUACAGGAGGCUGGAGGAGCUGAAGAGCGCCCACCUGAGGAACAUGGCCGACCUGGAGAGGAUGUACAUCAGCCAGGGGCAGGACAGGCACGGAGGAAGGGAGGAUGACGACGUUCUGGGGAGAGGGAGAAACAGUGAGGAGAAGCAAAUGAUCCGGAAGGGUAAUAGCGCCUUCUUCGGCAGCGGCCCCACCAGGAGGCUGCAGAGGAUUAAUUCCCAGGAGGAGCUGGACUUCCGUGACACAUCCAGCGGCUCUGACCAAUCAGAACUCAGCGGAGAGGAUUUCCUAGGAGAACUGGGCUGGACUUCCAACCAGCAGCAAACCCUUCAGAGAAAAAUGAUGCACAGUCCCGAACACAUGAUGGCCAAGAAGAGCUUCAGGUUUCAGCCGAAAGCCUCUUGUCCCAAACCACAGGGAAGAUUGCCCCAUCCAACAGGUGCCAGAGCUCAGUCUGGCUCCAAAGUUACCGUCCCCAAACCCUUCCAGAUGAUGCUGAGAGAAGAGGAGAGGAAGAGGCACAGGGUGCGGACGCGUUCCGAGGUUGAGCUGGAGAACACGCUGCUGAGGCGAGAGCUGGAGGAGCUCCGAGAAUGCCAGAAGAAGUUCAGAGCUUCGCCCGCGCCGGCUCACAUCCACCUGCCUCUCUACGAGGUCAUCAACCGUCGCCCCAGAGGCGGCUGCAACAGCAGCGUCCCUGAAAGGGGCCAGGAGCCUUUCCAAUUCUUGGAGAGGGAGAGGAAAAAGAGGGAAGCCAGGAUAGCUGCAGAGUUGGGAAACUUUAGUCGGAGAGAGGAGCGACAGGGCUUCAAGGCCACGCCGCUGCCCAGCUCCGUGUACCGCGGCGGACGUGCCAAGAGCCCAAGCCGCCGCCACCACCAACUUCAAACUGUCUUCAUGAUGGAAAGAGAAGCCACAGAGGGCCAGAGUGAUCAGAGCUCCGACCCAGAGCAAGAACCCCAGCAGUCUGAUUUCUCCCUAGACUUCAGCGGGUCGCAGAGAUGUUUGUCGUCCAAGUCAGUGAAGAAGCAGAUAGAGCUGUCCAUAGAGAUGAAGGAGAGGAAGUAGUUUGUCACUAUCCAUUUCAAAGUCCGAGGCAGAAACGUCUGUAAGCAUCUGUAGCCAAGUGGAUCCCAGCUUCUUCUCACAAACAAGUUAUUCUUUUAUCGUGUAGAAGAAUACGUUUGCACUGCAUAGUUGAGCAGUAGCUACGUUGCUCUCUGUACAAACAGCUGGUAGCUCAGGAAGUGUACAUCUUUAUGAAACGGCAAUACUUGGUUGAAGUAAUGCUAAUGUUUUAGAGCAUUAUUGGUGUAAUAGCAUGUGAUCGGCUCUGUGCAAA